AUGACAACAAUGACCGACUUCCUAUACCCUCCGCCGUCCUCCCUCAAAGGACCCGAAUUCCACCGCGUCCUGUUAUCCGAUCGCAUCGUCGGCGCCCUCAUCGGUUCCGCCCUCGGCGACGCAAUCGGCCUCUACACCGAAUUCCUCUCCGCCGCCGAGUCCGAGGAAGCCUACCCGCUCAAGCGCUUCAUUCUGUUUCCUGGGAACCCGCGAGACCAUGCAACACCCUUCAAACUCGACCACCAUCGCGCCCCGCACACCCCCGGAGACUGGACAGACGACACCGACCAAUGUCUCCUCAUCUUGCUUUCCUUCCUACACACAGCCAGAACCCCCGAACCUUUUGCCGCCCCCUCAGCACUUGUACCCCUUUUUUUUCACGACGGAACCACCUUUGCAGUAAAGAUUGCGUCCCAACCGCUUCCCACUCCCGUGGACCUCGCCAACCGCCUCUUGAUCUGGGUCCAGUCUGGUCUUCGGCCCCUCGACACACUCCCACUUGGCCUCGGUGCGCUUGUUAACGCUGUGGUCAACUCGCCUGAUUUCUUGCGCGAUCCAAUUCGUGUUGCGAGGGAGUACUGGGAACGGAAGAUGGCUCCCAAUGGUGAUAAGCUGGCGCCCAAUGGCAGUCUGAUGCGCACGCCACCGGUGGGAUUGAUGUGCGUGUGGAGGUCGGAAGAGGAGACGUUUAGUCUGGCGGCGGAGUUGGGGAGGGUUACACAUGCCGAUCCUAGGUGCGUGGUGGCUUGUGUCAUUGGGAGUGCAUUGGUGAGGUGGCUGGUGAGGGGAGAGGUCGAUUCUCUGGGAGAUCUUGAUGACAAGUUACAAGAGGCGUUGGGGUGGCAUGAAGCCAAGGGGGCCAGGAUGGCUGGUGCGGUUGUGGAGCCCCUGUAUGAACGAGAGUUAUGGAAACAUGUGGGAUCCAAGGUUACGCUGGAAGACCUGAAGCUGGAUGAAGAGGGAAAGAUUGGUUAUGUCUACAAGACGCUCGGCGCAGGAGUGGUGCUCCUCAGGAUGGCCUUCAGAGAGAGAAUGAAGGCCGAUGGGCCGAGGCAAAAACAAGAACGGUUCGAACGGUUGAUCACGAAGUUGGUUAUGGAGGGCGGGGAUGCGGACACCAAUGCUUGCUUUGCUGGGGCGUUGUUGGGUGCGCUCAUGGGGCGCGAGGCGUUACCAGACCAUUGGAAGAAUGGACUCACUCAUGGGAAUUGGUUGAAUGGUAAAGCCAAGAUGCUCCUCCGGGUUUUGGGGUUGGAGGAUGGGGGUUACGAUGGUAUAGGGGAUAUUGAUACAUAUCCGGAUGGCGGAAAGGGGGUGCUGAGAGAGGAGGACAUGGAUCUGAGAUGGAGAUGGUUGGAGGACAAAACACGGAGGAAGAUGCAGGAUGCGAAGAGGAACAGCGGGUUCCCUUCAUGA